AUGGACAAAGAGGGAAAAUCCUCUAAACAGUACGGCGCUUUGGAAAAGACGCGUGUGGACGGAGGGACGGAGAAAUCAACGGAGGAUGUCGUUUCGAUGGCUGACUCCACGAUUACAGUCGAGGACAUUGAAGGGGAGCUGUGCAAAAUCGAGCGGAUCAGAGACAUCCUCGUACGGAGGGAAUCAGAGCUGAGAUACAUGAUGGACGACAUCCAGCUCUGCAAAGAAAUCACACGGCUGAAGACGGAACUGCAGAAACUUGUCUCAAAUCCAGACCAGGACAGGUCCAAGGAGGACAGAGAGGAAGAGCUGCUGCAGCAGAUCAACAAGCUGGUGGAGACCAGAGACUUCCUCGUGGAUGAUGUGGAGUUCGAAAGGCUGAGGGAAAGAGAGGAGGACAGAGAAAUGGCAGCCUUCUUACAGUCCAAGCUCCCCAAGACACUGGCUGCAAAAGGUGCUUUGCAACAGCAGAAGGUGGCGUCCAAAUCCCAGCAGACGUCAGCGCCACUCAUCACUAAAACUGGACUCACGCUUCUGAAAGACUGCUGCGGCCUCACCUGCUCCAUCAUGUAACGCUGUCCAGGUGAAAACAGAGGAUUCUACCUCUAUGUGUGUGUGUGUGUGUGUGUGUGUGUGUGUGUGUGUGCACAUGCACAUGUGAGCCUCCUCGGUGCAUGUCUGCCCUAUUAAGAAAGAUUAUCUGCAUUAAUCUUGAAACGCUCAUGUGCAUAUAAUGUAAGAGAUGUGUAUUCUAAUAUGUGCCGUUCGCUGCUGUGAAAUGUUGACAUGUCUUGCAGCGGGGAAGCUGACUGGCUUAUAGAUAUAAUAAUGGUGUCUGUCCAAUUAGUGUAAUUAGAUAUUAUUAUGGCUGCUCUGCCUCUCUGUUUAUGAUGUAUUGGACACUGUAAGCGCAGACAUCUCGGAGGGAACAAACCACACUUCUAAUCUCCCUUUGCCACUUGCUGUAGUGCUGUAGCACAACUGUAUAAUAAUAACAACAAUAAUGACAUUAUUAUUGAUUGUUUGGUCUAUAAAAUGAUCCAGCUAACGGUAGCUGUACAGCAGAGGAGAGAUGCAGUGCACUGAGGUAACGUAUUACAACAGCCUUAGAUUUUCUCAUGGUUUUCAGCUGCAGACAAAGUUGAACAGAUGUGAUCCAGACUCAUGCAGAAGGCUCUUCUACUGCAUGGAUGUUGUGCGUUUUGUUGCACUUCCUCAGCAGUCCACAUCUCAAACCAAAGUCUUUGUCUGAACCAGGUGUAAUUAGUCUUUAGGUAACAUGCCUUACACUCAGUGUUUUGUAAAAAAAUAAAAUAAAAUAAAAAAAAGAUUUUCACAUAUAUGGUCAAAAAAAUGAAGUGUCUAUAAUGUUUUGUGUGACUAUGACUGUAGAACUUUGUA